CACGGACCUAUUUCGAAGAGCGCGCCUUCACUUCCUGUUUUGCUCUGAAGGAACAACGUGGGUCCAGAGCAGCUCACCGGUGUGUGAGUGUUGUGAGUGUUGUGAGUGUGUGUGAGCCUCGUUCUCUCCCACGAUGCAGAUCUCCAGCGUGAACGACGUGAAGAUCUACAACCUCAGUCACGGGAAGUCUCUCCCAGAGUGGCUGUCAGAUCGAAAGAAGAGACAGUUACAGAAGAAAGAUGUCGACAUCGCUCGCAGGAUUGAGCUCAUCCAGGACUUUGAGAUGCCCACUGUGUGCACCUCUAUCAAAGUGUCCAGGGACGGUCAGUUCAUCCUGGCAACAGGCACUUACAAACCCAGGAUUCGCUGCUACGACACCUACCAGUUGUCCCUGAAGUUUGAGAGAUGUCUGGAUUCAGACAUUGUGGCCUUUGACAUCCUGUCUGAAGACUACUCUAAGUUGGUGUUUCUGCACUCUGACCGCUACGUGGAGUUCCACUCCCAGCACGGACACUACUACAAGACGCGGAUUCCCAAGUUCGGACGGGACUUUUCUUACCACUACCCCUCCUGUGACCUCUAUUUUGUGGGUUCGAGUUCCGAGGUGUUCAGACUGAAUCUGGAACAGGGGCGCUUCCUCAACUCACUCCAGACUGACGCUGUGGAAAACAAUGUGUGUGACAUCAACCCCAUCCAUCACUUGUUCGCCACAGGAACCUCUGAGGGACGGGUGGAAUGCUGGGACCCUCGCGUCCGGACCAGAGUGGGCAUUCUGGACUGCGCCCUGAGCAGCCUCGCCGAGGGAGCAGAAGUGCAGAGUUUGCCCGCCAUUAGUGCGCUGAAGUUCAACGGCUCCCUCACCAUGGCAGUCGGCACCAGCACAGGACAGGUGCUGGUCUAUGACCUGCGCUCCAGCCAGCCACUGCUGGUCAGAGACCACUUCUACAACCUGCCCAUCAAGUCAAUCAACUUCCACGAUCAACUGGACCUGGUUGUGUCUGCCGACUCCAAGAUCAUAAAGUUCUGGAACAAAGACACAGGCAAGGCCUUUUCCUCCAUACAGCCUCAGACCAACAUCAACGAUGUCUGCAUCUACCCCAAUUCAGGUAUGCUCUUCACCGCCAAUGAGGACCCCAAGAUGAACACAUUCUACGUGCCGGCCCUGGGCCCUGCACCUCGGUGGUGUUCCUUCCUUGACAACUUGACUGAGGAGCUGGAGGAGAGUCCGGAGAGUACAGUGUACGACGACUACAAGUUUGUGACCCGGAAGGACCUGGACAACCUGGGUUUGUCUCACCUGGUGGGAUCGUCUCUCCUGAGAGCCUACAUGCACGGCUAUUUCAUGGACAUCAGGCUUUAUCACAAGGUCAAAAGCAUGGCCAAUCCUUUCGCAUACGAGGAGUAUCGCAAGGAUAAGAUCCGCCAGAAGAUCGAGGAGUCCAGGACCCAGAGAGUCCAGGUUAAGAAGCUGCCCAAGGUGAACAAGGAGCUGGCCCUCAAGCUGAUGGAGGAGGGUGACGACGAGGCAGAGCUGGCUUCUAGGAAAAAGAAGGGCAAGGCUCUCCCCAGCGUCCUGGGAGACGACCGCUUCAAGGUGAUGUUCGAAAACCCGGACUACCAGGUGGACCAGCAGAGCGAGGAGUUCCGCCUCCUCAACCCCAUCGUCUCCAAGGUGGGACAAAAGAGGCAGAAGAAGAUGCGUCUACUGGCCCAGCAGGUCGCCGCCUCCAAACAGGCGGACGAGGACGAAGAGGAGCCCGAGGGGCAAGCCAGCUCCGAGGAGGAGAGUUCGGACGACGACAAGAGCUGGGUGGAGGAGGUGAGGGAGCAGCGGAGGCUGAUCCAUGAGGAGGGCCGAGACCGCCGGAGGCAGCAGAGAAAGGAAGCGGACCGCAACACCGUCCUGCUGGAGAGGGAACGGAACGGAGGAGAGGAAACCUCAAACGCGGCCGAGGGCAAGAAGACGAGUCGGCCUCAGUAUUAUCAGAUCAAAGCUGGGGAGGAGUUCAGAAGCUUUAACGACAUGGCCCGCAAGCAGAGGCUACAGAAGGCUUCUUUGGAGGACCGUCUGAAGUUGGAAGAGAACUCAGGAACCAGCAUCAUGGCCGACACCGCGGUCGGCAGCAAGCAGCUGACUUUCACUCUCAAAAAGUCUGAGCAGCAGAGGAAGCAGCAGCAGGCGGAGUGGGAACACCACGAGGAGAGGAGGAAGCUGAGGCGCUCGGCUGGACACCUGAGCAGCGAACGUGGGAGAGGACGCGGCGGCGGGAGAGGACGAGGCGGCGGGAGAGGACGAGGCGGCGGGAGAGGACGCGGCGGUGGCGGCAGAGCAAGAGGAGGAGGGAGGGGCCACUACUGAGAGGGGCGACCUCGUCCUCAUCCAGGGCCCGUUUUGGUCCUGGAUGAGGACUACAGAGACACUGGCACAGUCCACAGCUCACGUCAGGGUUUUGUAGCAGAUUUCAUUAACUUAACUUCCAGGUGUACAGGUUUUACGCUCUAGAGACGGACUGGAGGUUCUGCAAAAAUUGGCAAAGACUGACUUUGAUCAACAGACAAGCUGCUCCUGGCUGGCCAUGUGUUUAGCUGCUCUCUGCAAAUUCAGAGCACGCAAAAAAAAAAAGAUUACCUCCGUUGCUGCCUGACUGCAUAUAAUGCCGAUGCCAUUAUUCAAAAGUACCUUUUACUACUUUUUUUUUAAAGCAGGGACGGCUCCAGACGGAGACAGAGGAAUGAAGAGCUGACGGGACUUGACAUGACCUGCCUUGUCUCAGGCGUGUGCAGUUUAUAAGAACUGCUCCUCAGUCGAGCCUACCAUUUCACUUAAUGGAGGGGAGAAAAUGUAUGCUUGUAGAAAAACAAGCGUUUGUAUUUUUAAUGCUCUUUAUUACUGUCAAUUGUUAAUUGUUAAGCCAACACCGGAUUAACAACACAUGUACAAUAUAUUAUAUUUGGUACAACAUUUGCUCGUCUACUUUGCUUUUAUUGCCGAGUGCCAAAAUGUUUCAAACAAACUAGAGCAGCAGCUCACUACUAACAUGCGUCAGAGAAAGUAAGAGACCAGAAAGAGAAAAAUGUGAAUGAGGACAUUUUUUUCUCUCUUGGUUCCCCCGCCAACAACUGCAGUUCUUGGAAAACGAGGGACUGCCUGGGUGUCCUUCCCAUCCCCCAGUGUGCUGAUGGUGUUGAAUCCCCUCUGCUCCACCAUUGGUCCUCAAAUGUGAGGGAGGGGCGUUUCAGCCCUUGGCAUGCCAGCACUGGCCCCCCAGGCUCAUUUGAACUCUUUUGAUGUCGCCACGCUUUCUCACCAUGACCCCAUCUGUUGGGUUUUGCGACAGCGUGAACAACGCUUCAUUGAGGGAAAAAUCCAUUAAAUUAGCAUGUUGAACAACAAAUGCUGAAAGAACCAAACAUGAUUUCAACGUUGUAACCGUCAGAGGAAUAGCUCGACGGUUUGGGGAAUGCACUUAUUUCGCUGUCUUGCUGAAAGUUACAUAAGAGGAUUUAUACCACUCUCAUGUCUGUGCGUUGAAUAAAGGCCGAAGCUGGCAGCCGACUAGCUUAGCUUAAUUUAGCACAGCUAGCCUAGCUCUGUUCAGGGGUAACGAAACUUGCAUAUCAUCAUUUCACUGACUAACACAUUGUAUCUCAUUUGUUUGAUCAAUCUAAACUGAACUAAACCAAAAAGCAAGCAAUCCCUGUCUGUGUGUCCUUCGCAUAUGUCAAGAACUUUUCAUCUGAUCUACUUAACAUUUGCCGCAAG